AUGGCCUCGGUUUCUAAUGUCACCAGUAGGUUUGACCAGAGCAUCCCCGCCGAUGCCAUCUUCAAGCUGUCCCACAUAUCACAUGCGACCCGAGUGCACUUGAAGAACGUGUACGCAAGCUUGACGCUUUGUACGAUUAUGGCAGCUGUGGGUUCCUGCGUCUGCGUCGUCGCAAGCUUUUCGCCGAUCGUCCUCGCCGGGCUGGCUGUGUUGUCUAUUGUUGGAUUACCGGUCUCCGUGAUUUGGCUGGGCGUGACAACUCACAGCCCCGAGACGGAGAAGAAGAGAUUCUCCAUUCUCCUAGGAUUCGCGUUUUUCUCAGGCUUAGCACUUGGACCCGCGCUCCACCUUGCGAUCUCUGUGGAUCCGAGUAUUGCCGUGCUAGCCGUGGCUGCAACCGCUGUGCUAUUUGUCUCCUUUACUCUUAGCGCACUAUACGUCGAACGCAGGAUCUACAUGUUACUAGGAGGCGUAGCCCCGACUCUUGUCAUCAUGCUUACGUUGACUAUGAUUGACUUGGUAUCUGAUAUGGACACGUACCUAGGGGUGUUGAUGUAUUGCGCGUUUGUUACGAUCGACACUCAACUCAUCGUCGAGAAAGCGGAAAACGGCGACAAAGACUACAUCUGGCACUGUGUGGGAUUGUUUCUCGAUAUUGCAGAGAUGUUUCGGAAAAUUACGACCAUACUAGCCUUGAAGAACAAGAAUAAGAAUAAGCACAAGGACGACAUUGAGAAAUGCAUACGUGGUCAUGAUGAACUGUAA